AAUUAUUUGUAAUUGUAAACCUGUGAUUUGUGAAAGAGAUGGCGACUUCUUCAUAUUUGGCAUUUCAAGGGAGUUGCUGUCUCCACAAACCUUCCAUCCCAUACAACUUUGAUCGUUUUAAGCCCACACUCUCCUCUGCUUUCAAGCCAUUCCUGAGAGAGUUGCAGCAACUUUCCAAGCGAAUCGAUGUUUCCAAAACCAUAUUCAAGAAAACUUCUGUGAAUUUACUGGACACAUUUGUUGAUCACGUGUUUGAAUUUAUUGACCACUCUUUGCUCCCAUCUCAGGGUAACUUUGCUCCAGUUGAUGAGUUGAGAGAAGCUGUUCUUGUCACCAGUAUUGAAGGGGAAAUUCCUGAAGAUUUUCCAGAAGGUGUCUUUAUAAGAAAUGGUUCGUCCAUCCAUCUUAUUGUUACCUUACCUUACACGUAA